AUGUCUUUUUCGUAUUUGAGUGGAGAAUCGAAGAUCUAUUCCAUUGCCACUAAAAACUUUCGAGUAAAGAUCGAAACAUUGAAUGAAGAUAUCGCAAGGUUAUUUUUUGUAAACAAAGAGAAUAACGAACCAAUUGAUUUUCCGGAUAAUAUGGUUUUCAGAAAUACGACAACUAAUACAGAUAUAUCACCAACGGUUGUUAAGGAUAAAGAAAGCUAUCUUGUGACUUGGAUGUAUAGCUAUGAAUUAUUCGAAAAUAGUAAAAUAAUUUUUAAGUUAGAACAUAAAAGAGAACAAAUCGGUAGUGAUACUAGUAGAAGUUUGGCGGAGUAUUUUGAAUUACUUAACCGCAUCGCGUCGUUGGAGGCAUCGAUUAACAAGUCUGUCCAUGAGUUCGACGUUAUCGUGAGUCCAAAGCGGACAAAAGGAUUCAAGUGGACGGUGAAUAUCGAGCAAGCAACUUUCGAAGCUCUCAAAGAUUCUAUACGUGCUGUGUAUCAAACUCCGGCUCUUGAAAAUAAUGGUGCCGUGUUCAACGUUAAUAACCUCAAGUUUAUCGUGUUCAUAGAGACUCCCUCAAAGGCUUUCUCAGAUUGGACUCUCGGCCCGCUUCUAGUUGAGAAUUUCUCUGAUAACGACUUACGAAGUGAGGAUGCUAACGCAACUAGGGAUAAUGAAAAUGAUGACGAAUUUUCUGAUAACAACAAAGAGGAAGAUGAUGAUGGGUUCUGUGGAUUUUCUGACGAUGAUGAUGAAGGAUAUUAUUAUGAUUUAAAUGCCGGUAAAACUUAUACAAAAUCUGAAUAUCGUUAUUCAAUCCGCGCAUAUUAA